AUGAAAAUGGACAAAGGUGUAUUACGACUACAUCAGCCAUCUGAAUAUAAAUAUCGUGUUUCUGGUCAUAACAAGAUGAUCAAGCUGCCCAAUGGAAAAAUUGCGAAGCAAGCAACCGAAAAGGAGCGGUCAUGUUAUGAACAAAUUAUGAGAUCGAAUUCGGAUCUUGCUCGUUUUAGUGCUUCCUAUUUUGGCCUCCAACCUAUAGAAGUUUCGUUUGUUCUAUACUAUAAUAUUGCAGAUUAUAUCUCCCUUAAAUGAGCCCUUGUGUAGACCUGAGGGUUUACGGUAUUCCCUGCACUUGGACGAUGAUAUUUCAGAAAGUUCUGAGUUUCUUCAGCAGUAAUUGUCUGGCAUGCACUUCAUUCCAUAGUGAGCCCAUUUUGAACGGCUAUUUAGUUUUGGAAGAUUUGAAUAAAUCUUAUGUGCAUCCCUGUAUUUUAGACGUGAAAAUCGGCACGCAUACCUAUUGUACUUUUCUUUCUUUCUUUCUUCACUCAUCUGAAGGGGACGGAGCGCCUCCACAGAAAAUCGAGCGGCACAACCGCAUGUGUCAGUCCACCACUUCCGGCUCUCUCGGGAUGUGUGUGUGUGGCAUGCGCGUAAUCACUCUGAAUCUUCUUCACGAUAGGUUUACCGUCCGCAAAGCCACGACUGGCUAAUCGAAGAUAAAGAAUGGGGCAAAUCGCUGGUAGCCAAAUCGAUGUUAUUGGCGAUCGCCUUGUUCUUCUUUGAUGGCAAUUCCUUUCGUCUGGAUGUUCUGGAGAUCGUUCUGGAGAAGCUUCUGAAUCUCCGCGAUAUCGUGCGACGCGUAAAUUAGCGCAGAAGGAAUGAGAAAUAGUCGAAUUGGAGGUUCUGGUCGUCGUCGUUUUUGUUUACGUACGAGGGCGAAGGGGAAACGCGAGCGGACGUUCAUCUGAUCGAUUUUGGGAAUUGUAACUUCUCGGAUUGCUAUGAUACGCCGGAUGAAGGAUGUAUUUUGGCGCUUAGCAAUAUGAUUGCGUAUAUUCGACUUAUACGGAAUGGAGCUGUGGGGCUGUCAGAGAUAAGGCGGUUUGAGGCCAGUUUGUGAUUUUUUGUAUUCUAGUUUU